GCCGCUGCACUUCCUGUUUACUGCCCGGAAGCGUCGCCUUCUACCUUGACGAUUGACCCGCAGCUGUAGUUGGUUUAUUCUAUGGAGGCUUCGUGUGAUUCACCGCGCUGUCAGAUUAUAACUCACCGAACAUGAUGGUACAAGUUCUGCGGUUCGCGCUGCUGCUGUUGAGCAGCGGGGCUCCGCUCGCGGCGGCACCGACCGGAAGCAGCUACCUGCCGGACACAGGCCGGUUCUGGCACAUCACUGACCUCCACCUGGACCCCACCUACCGCCUGGGCCCGGACCCAACCAAGGUUUGCUUCUCCUCCAAAGGAGCCGCCGCCGCCGCCGCCGGCGUGUUCGGAGACUUCCUGUGCGACUCCCCCUACCGCCUCAUCCAGUCGGCCCUCGCCCACAUGGCGCCGCUCACGCGGCCGCAGGACUUCAUCGUAUGGACCGGGGACAGUCCGCCUCAUGUGCCUGCAGGCGAGCUCUCCACGGACACGGUGAUCCAGGUGAUCGGUAACAUGACCCAGACCAUCAGGCUCCACUUCCCCAGCCUGACGGUGUAUCCCGCUCUGGGGAACCAUGACUACUGGCCUCAGGACCAGAUGCCGACCUCCACCAACGCCGUCUACAAGGCCGCUGCCCAGCUGUGGAAGCCGUGGCUGCACAAAGAAGCUCUGCUCACUCUCUCACAAGGUGGUUUCUACUCCCAGCUGGUGAAGCCCGGUUUGCGGGUGGUCAGUCUCAACACGAUCCUUUACUACGGACCGAAUAAAGUCAGCAGCAACAUGACGGACCCUGCUGGACAGUUCGAGUGGCUGGAGAACACUCUGGAGAAAGCUGCCCAGAGCCUGGAGAAGGUGUACGUCAUCGCCCACGUUCCGAUCGGUUACCUGCCCUUUGCCAGAAACACCACCGCCGUGACGGAGAGCCACAACGAGAGGCUGGUGUCGAUCUUCAGGAAGCACAGUCACGUCGUCGCGGGACAUUUCUAUGGCCACACCCACCGUGACAGCAUCAUGGUGCUGUUGGACCAGAAGGGGAAACCACUGAAUUCCCUCUUUGUGUCUCCGGCUCUGACACCGAUCAAACACGUUCUGGAGCCAUACUCCAACAACCCGGCGUUCCGCAUGUACCUGUACAACGCCAAGGACUACGCCAUGCUGGAUAUCUGGCAGUACUAUUUGAACUUGACGGAAGCCAACGAGAGACAAAGGUCCGACUGGAGGCUGGAAUACAUCAUGACCGAAGCCUUUGGACUGGCCGACCUGCGGCCGAGCAGCCUGCUGCGGCUGGGCCUGAGCUUCAGGCUGCCGCAGACCGGGGCCUUCGACGUGUACUUCAGGAACUACAUGGUGAGGUACAGCAGCAGCAUCACCUGUGAGGGAGACUGCCGGCUCAGUCAGGUGUGCGCCGUGCUCCACCUGGACCGGGCGUCCUACUCCAAAUGUGUCGCCAAGGGACAACGGUAGCGUCAAGGUGGAUUUUAAAAAUGAGAGAUGCGACAGUUCAUCGAUAAAUCAAUUCGUAUUGGGCUACUAAAUAAAAUCGCCAGCUCUUUUUGAUAAUCAAAGUAGUUUUUUAUGGGGGAAAAAGUCCAAAUUCUCUGAUUUGAGCUUUUUAAAUGUGAAUAUGUUCUGGUUUCUCUGCUCCUCUGUGACAGUAAACUGAAUAUCUUUUUAUGUGUGGACAAAACAAAACGUCAUCUCCGAGUUUUGGAAAACAAAAUCAACAUUUUAUGACAUUUUAUGGACCAAGCAACUAAAAUCAUCGUUAGUUGCAGCCCUCAAUCAAAAUGAAGGACACGCAGGUGACCUCUGCUACAUAUAUACUCUAUAUAUUUCAAAAAUUUAGAUAUUUUGAUUAUAUAUAUAUAUAUAUGUGUGUAUAACACAGUGUCCUAUUUUGGAAGAAUUCUACUGUGAAUGUAGAUUAAAUCAAAGGAUUCUACAGGGAUUUAUCAUAUUCAUAUAUAUUUUGUACUCGCUGUUUCUGCUGCUUUACUAUGGGGGGCUGAGCAACGAAAUAAACCAUUUAAGAACCAUCAGGGAAUAUUCUAUAAUCCAAGAUAUUACUUGCAGUAAAACGGUGAAGGUCGAGAAUACAUCUAUCAUAGAAAUCUGGAUGAUAUCGACGCGGAGCCGCAGCUUUUCCUCUGUCCUCUGACUCGUCUGCCUGAGUUUUGCGCGGUGCAGAGAGACAUUCAUAGAACAACAGUGAGGUGGACUAUUAAUGUGAUAUCUGCUCCACACAAUGAGCUUGAAGCCUUUGCCCCCGAAUCUCUUUCACCUCUUGAACGAACGCAUUAGACCUUAAUCUGUGCACCGAUCCAAUCGCUCCCAGAUGUCCACCGUCACUCGACACGAGGAGGAUUUAAAUCAUCACAUCCGUCCGUCACCCAUUUGUUUUCAAGAUCAGGAGUUGGAGCUGGUUAUCAUCUGAUGGGUUAUUAAUAUUGAUACAGUCCUCCUGCCUGCAUCACCAACUGGACUCUCAAGCGUGAGAUCUUUGUACAGUAAAGUAACUUCAACGUGUUGAACGUGGAAAUUCGUGGCAAUUUUUUGCAUCGCUAAUGAAAUUACAAUCAUGUGGCAUAUCACAGAGAAUAUUGGUUUUAAAUGUUGCUGUUUAUAUUUCUACUGAAUAAAGAACCUUGUCUUUA